AUGGCCAUGUUAGGUGGUGAACGCGAUACGAGUACCCCAGUUAUAAAUUUAGGACGAAAAGUAGUUGGCCAAGCCAACUACGCAUUCGCAAAUGGCUUGAUGACGUCUAUAGCGGAGAAAAGUAAUGUACCCAUGCAGGUAAUACAUUGGGGACCAUGGAGAGAUACGGUUGGCCAAGCCAACUACGCAUUCGCAAAUGGCUUGAUGACGUCUAUAGCGGAGAAAAGUAAUUUACCCAUGCAGGUUAUACAUUGGGGACCAUGGAGAGAUACGGGUUUGCUUCAAACUGAACAUAAUGCCAAAGUUUAUGAACAGCUAAAGGCUAGAGGAUGGAAUCUACUUGAAAGCAGACAGGCUUUGGAUGUGUUAGGCAUGGAUAGAAAAAGUGUAGUCGUGUUUGACGGAGAUUUUGAGCAAAUUGUAAAAUCUCAAGGUCAUAUGCAGAAGUUUUUGGACAAAAUUGUAGAACAAAAAGAAAAAUCUAUAAUGAAGGAAGAGAUAGAUGCACCUCUUGUUAAACAGCCCCAAUUAGCUGAUAAUCGGCCCUCUUUGGAAAGUAUAAUCAUAGAGGACUUUGUCUCCACUUUUACCGCACAUAUGUUAAAUCUUCGCGGACCAGCCGUUGGUGUCUACUCCGCCUGCUCUACGGCACUCCUUGCCAUAGCGCAAGCUUGUAACUCCCUACGUCUGUCCAAUGUAGAUUUGGCAAUCGCAGGUGGCAUCUCACUAGUAUUCCCCGAUCAAACGCGCUACGUCUUCCAAGAAGGGUUAGUAUUAUCCAAAACUGGGACAUGCAGACCGUUUGAUAAAGACGCUGACGGUACAGUUAGAGGUUCUUCCGUAGGUUGUGUGGUGCUUAAAAGGCUGAAUCAAGCUAUUAAGGAUAAUGACCAUAUUGAAGCUGUGAUUAGAAGCUAUGGUAUGAGCAACGAUGGUUUACAUAAGGCCAGUUUUAUGGCUCCAAAUUGCGAAGGACAAAAGGAUAUUCCAUUCAAAGUUAACACAAAAGUAACUGAUCUACAGGCGAAUUCGAUGGCUGCUGUGAGUUCCUUCGGUAUAGGAGGGACAAAUGUGCAUCUGAUCCUGGACCAACCUCCACCACGUACCAUAAAACAGAAACAUGCCGAAACAGUGCACAUUCUACCAAUAUCG